UAAUUUAUCAAAUAAACUUUAUGAUUUUUAUUCAUUUAUCUUGAGCAUAAAAUUGCUUGCCUGAAAAUUUGAAUAAUUUUAUUAAAGAUACUUAAGUGUAAGGCUUUUGGCUUUAUAUAUUUUCUUUGAUUAUAUUUAUCUAAUAUUAAAGCAUGCUUAUGAAAAGUGCAUCAAUUUUAGGAUGUUAAAUUACUCUGCAUGUUGCUGGCAUGGUCUUUUUCAUUGUAAGAAUAAUACAUGCUUAAAUAUUGGCAUAUGGUACAAACCAAGAGAUAAAAUUAAGUGAUGUUCAUAAUGAAAAAAAGCCAUGGGUUUCGGAAGUGACGUUCGUACCAAAUCUUCUCACGAAGCUUUAGUCACGCUGCAGGAUGCAGAAAUUCGUCUUCUGGAGAACAUGAAGAGGUGUCUCGCUCUUCGAAUAAAAUGUGAUCGAGAGUAUGCGAUAGGUCUGAAUUCUGUUUAUAUUCAUACUCAAAAAAUAGAUAAAACAUCUGAAAUGCUUGGAAACAGCAUGAUAACAAGGACUUGGAAUGUUAUAGCAGAAGAAACUGGAGCCUUAAGUAGACUGAUGAAACAGAAUGCUGACUAUUUAGCAUUGAAUACAACCGAAGCAUUAAAUAAUUUCAUUACAGAAAAACAAGCUUUGAAAAAAUUAUAUGUCGACGAACACUCGCGCAUGCACGGCGAACUUCAAAGAAUGCAAGAUGGAGUUAUCAAAACCAAGAACAACUACGAAAAGUAUAUAGAUUUAUGGAAAAUUGCUAAGAAGAAAUAUGAAGAACAAUUUUCAAAAAGUAAAUAAAAUAAUGUUUAUAUUUAAUAUUUGAUGAAGUAAAAUUUAUCAAAAGUGUGGUAAUUUUUUAACAAAUAAUGUAAUACUUAAGCAUUGGUAUAUUCCAGUAUGCAUCAGUCUUGCCCACAACCGAUGCACCGGUGAAUAGUUUGAUAAUCUUUUACCAGAAUAUCUGACAACCCAACAAGAUGGUGGAAGCAAAGAUGCUAUAUUGGAAUUUGCAGACUUGUUUUGUCAAAAUAACUUUGGGUUGAUACAGACAAGUAGUAAAAAUGGUGUUAAAAAUAUAAUCACGGAGGAGGCCUUAUCACCUCAUCAGAGAUUAUCAUAUCGGCAGCCUGACGAGUGCAAUGUGAUUCGAUGAC